GGCAGGGAGCGGCAGCCGCGGCGGCAGCUAGAGGCUAGUGCACACCCAGCCAGGGAGACUUAGGGAACCACAGACAGACGGACGGACGGAGAAAAUCCUUCCCAGCGCCCCCCGAGCCAUGGCCGAGAGAAAGCAAUCUGGGAAGGCGGCAGAGGACGAAGAGGUCCCUGCCUUUUUUAAAAACCUGGGCUCGGGCAGUCCCAAGCCCCGGCAGAAAUUCUGCGGCAUGUUCUGCCCGGUGGAAGGGUCCUCGGAGAACAAGACCAUCGAUUUCGAUUCGCUUUCGGUGGGCCGGGGCUCAGGGCAGGUGGUGGCUCAGCAGCGAGAUGUCGCCCACUUGGGCCCGGACCCGCACCGGCAGAGCCGGCGUGCCAGCGGGGAGCCAUCUGUUGAAUCGGGCCGGAAGGUGGAGAUCCGGCGGGCCUCGGGCAAGGAAGCCCUGCAGAACAUCUACGAUCAGAGUGAUCGCCUUCUCAUCAAAGGUGGCAAGAUUGUGAAUGAUGACCAGUCCUUUUAUGCGGACAUAUAUAUGGAAGAUGGGUUGAUCAAGCAAAUAGGAGAAAACCUGAUUGUGCCAGGAGGAGUGAAGACCAUCGAAGCCCAUUCCAGAAUGGUGAUCCCAGGAGGCAUUGACGUGCACACUCGCUUCCAGAUGCCUGACCAGGGAAUGACGUCAGCUGAUGACUUCUUCCAGGGAACCAAGGCAGCCCUGGCUGGGGGAACCACCAUGAUCAUUGACCAUGUGGUUCCUGAGCCCGGGACAAGCCUGCUGGCUGCUUUUGAUCAAUGGAGGGAGUGGGCGGACAGCAAGUCCUGCUGCGACUAUUCUCUGCACGUGGACAUCACGGAGUGGCACAAGGGCAUCCAGGAGGAGAUGGAAGCUCUGGUGAAGGACCACGGUGUAAACUCCUUCCUCGUGUACAUGGCUUUCAAAGAUCGAUUCCAGCUGACGGACUCCCAGAUCUAUGAAGUGCUGAGCGUCAUCCGGGAUAUUGGUGCCAUAGCUCAAGUCCAUGCAGAGAAUGGUGACAUCAUUGCAGAGGAACAGCAGAGGAUCCUGGAUCUGGGCAUCACGGGCCCUGAGGGACAUGUGCUGAGCCGACCAGAGGAGGUCGAGGCUGAAGCCGUUAACCGCUCCGUCACCAUUGCCAAUCAGACCAACUGUCCCUUGUAUGUCACCAAAGUGAUGAGCAAGAGCGCGGCUGACGUCAUCGCCCAGGCACGGAAGAAGGGAACCGUGGUGUAUGGCGAGCCCAUCACGGCCAGCUUGGGGACGGAUGGCUCUCAUUACUGGAGUAAGAACUGGGCCAAGGCGGCUGCCUUUGUCACCUCCCCUCCCUUGAGCCCCGACCCAACCACUCCAGACUUUCUCAACUCCUUGCUGUCCUGUGGAGAUCUCCAAGUCACUGGCAGUGCCCACUGUACCUUCAACACCGCUCAGAAGGCUGUGGGGAAGGACAACUUCACCUUGAUUCCCGAGGGCACCAACGGCACAGAGGAGCGGAUGUCUGUUAUCUGGGAUAAAGCUGUGGUCACUGGGAAGAUGGAUGAGAACCAGUUUGUGGCUGUGACCAGCACCAACGCAGCCAAAGUCUUUAACCUUUACCCUCGGAAAGGCCGCAUCGCAGUGGGAUCUGACGCAGACUUGGUCAUCUGGGACCCUGACAGCGUGAAGACCAUCUCUGCCAAGACACACAACAGUGCUCUUGAGUACAACAUCUUUGAAGGCAUGGAGUGCCGUGGCUCCCCACUGGUAGUCAUCAGCCAGGGCAAGAUUGUCUUGGAGGAUGGCACGCUUCAUGUCACUGAAGGCUCAGGGCGCUACAUCCCUCGGAAGCCCUUCCCUGACUUUGUGUACAAGCGCAUCAAGGCAAGGAGCAGGCUGGCCGAGCUGAGGGGGGUCCCGCGUGGCCUGUAUGAUGGACCCGUGUGCGAGGUGUCUGUGACACCCAAGACAGUCACUCCAGCCUCAUCAGCUAAGACAUCUCCUGCCAAGCAGCAGGCGCCACCGGUUCGGAACCUGCACCAGUCUGGAUUCAGCUUGUCUGGAGCUCAGAUCGACGACAACAUUCCCCGCCGCACCACCCAGCGCAUCGUGGCGCCCCCUGGUGGCCGUGCCAACAUCACCAGCCUGGGCUAAAGCCCCUAGGCCUGUAGGGCCACCUGGGGAUGGGGGAUGGGACACCUGAGGACAUUCUGAGACUUCCUUCCUUCCAUUUUUUUUUUUUUUUUUAAAGAGCCUGUGAUAGUUGCUGUGGGCAGCCAGUUCCUGGGGCUUCCUCUUGGGCCCCCCCCACACACACUUGGUUUCCCCUUGGAGUUUCUGAAUUCGCUCACCCAAGUCCCCUACACAGUUAUGAACACCACACCCAAGCCUAGCCACCCACCCCACACGGAGCUGCAUCUAACACGCAGACAUGCGCCACCAAGCAGAUCCCAGCGAGGGUCCCCGUCACACCCUCGGCUGCACCUUCCUGUCCUGGGGAAGAUAGAGUGAAUUGCCCUGAGCUGCCUUCUUUUCUUUUUAAAAAUUUUUAAAAAGGGGUUUUCUUUGUGGGGCUGGGGAGGGUUGGGGGUGGGAUUAGGAGAGGGUUUUUUUUUUUUAAAUACUAAAUUGAAAGCCUGAUUCAAUAUUAAUCCAUGGGUCUUGAACUGGACAUCCUAAUGAUGCAAUUAUGUAACCAUUAAGCUGAUCUGAGGCUGGCAGGCUACUGCUGCCCCUCUGGAGAGGCUCCACGCGCCUACAUCGCCAUCCCUUAUUCUUCCGGGUCAGCUGUUGAGAAGAGGCAGGUUUUCUUCAUUGGCCUAGAUUUUGCGGCAGAUUAGACCUUUUGAAGGUUCUCUUCACCAUUUCCCCAAAUCUUCUGUCUGUUCUGGCUUUUUCUCCUUCACUCAUGGAGGGAGAUUUUUUUUUUUUUUUUUUAAAUUGGUUUCUUGCUUCUUGUUUCCUGGACAAUGCUCUUUUUUCCUCUUCCAGUAGUUUGCCCUUAAAGCCAGGCAUCUUGAUUUGGCCGUGGGCUGUGCCUAAGAGGACUCUAGUUUUGCACUCACGAACAUAGUUUUGUGCUAUCCGAUGCCCAUCACUAGAUAUCUGAGUUUGAGGCUUGCAGGACACAGGGAUGGCCUGGAUUAUGUUACCAGUAUUGUCACAUGUGGGCCCAGAAUAGAGUCACGUGUGCUGGAAGGGCGAGGAGGAAUUAGGCUGCAGAAGUGACAGAGUUUCUGGUCAAAUGUGUAAAUCCAGUCCCCAAGCCCACCAAGUUGGGACCGGUCUCCCUGUGCGGGAGCCAACCAAGAUGGGGCCAGUGUCUCUGUGGAGGAGCCCUUCUGGAACACUGUGACUUCUCAGUGUGUGUGUGGAGGGGGAAACAUUUUUUUUUUUUUUCUGUCCAGUUAUUUCAAAAGGUCUAACACGAUGUGGGAAGUCCUCAUAGGGGUAGAAAUCUUGUGGCUCAUUAGACUUCAAGCCCAGUUCUACAAGAGGAAAAACCCUGUCUUAGGAAACAAUAUCUCAUGGGAAGAAGACUGUGUAAAUUGAAUGCAUGGCCCACUUAGAGAUCAUGUCACCUCUUAGAGACCAUGUCACCUCAUAUCUAUCACCUUUUCCUCUGCCUGUCAUAGUGACAGUUUUUCACUAGCUGGCUUCUUUCUGUAUUUGCUGACUUCUGUCCUGUUUCUUUCCAGAUGUGUGUACAGGUCUGUGUAAGUGGUGUUAGGUCCACAGGCCUUUAUGAAUCCAAUCUAUUUGAGUAAAGCAGGGCCUCAGGAAAAAAAAAAAAAUACCAUGAUACUUUUAGUGUCCACGCAUUUUGCCUUUGGGGUUAAUGGUUGGGGUUUUGGUUUGUUGUUAAUUUUUGUUAUUUUAAAGGUAAAUUGCACUUUUAAAAAAUUGGUUGACUUAAUAUAUUUGCUUUUUUUUUUUUUUUUUUUUUCCUUACCUGCACUUAGAGAGGAAAUUUGAACAAGUUGGAGAACACAUUUUUGUUUGUUUGUUUGCUUGGAUUCUGAGAAACACUCGCAGCUCUUCAGUGCUCACUCAUCUCCCUGCUGUUUCUUGUACAGGGCCCUGGGCCUUCGGUUGUUUUAGAUCAUUUUCUUACAAACCAAACCAAACAACAGUUUCAAACCUGGAGAUCUCCGCAGUCCGUGUAAGCAUGUUUACCUGUCGGCUCGCUCUCUGUGUCUGUUGAAUGAAUGUCAUAUGUAAAUGCUAAAGUAAGUCAACAGUGUCUCAGAACUGAUGAACUGCAGUGACUUGAUGCUCUAAAUCAAUGUAGGAUUAACUGCUAGAUGGUUUUAACCCUUGAACUUGUGAUUGUGACCCAUGACCGGGGGACCUUUCAGUGCUAAAGCUGAUCAUGUGUGUAGCCAGGAAGGUACUUUUGUUGUUGUUUUUUUUUUUUUUAAAUUUUUUUGUUUUAUUUUUUUGUAACCACUGUCUUAAUGGCAAAAUAAUUAUGGUAAAAUACAAGUCUCGUGUUUAUUAUUCCUUAAGAAGAAGUCUGUGUUAUAUUACCACUGAACACCCAAUAAAGCAGAAUGUGGUCGUUUCA